GCGCCACAGAAAAUCCGUCUGCCCGGCCGAUUUUUCUCUGCUCAACAAAAACCUAUAUAUAUAAUAUGCCUUCGUUGUUGCUAGCAGAAGAAAUUCAAUCCGCCGACAACAAGAUCAUGAAGCCAGCAGAUAUGGAGUUGGCCGCCGUCGAGAAAAAGAUCAAGAAGGAGAAGAAGUCCAGCAAAAAAUCCAAGCUUGCGUCUGAUCCUGAACCCGACGAUUCCGUUACCCCCAAGAAGAAGAAGGAAAAGAAGCGAAAGGCUUUGGAAAUUGGCGGCGGCGGCGGCGGCGAUAACGAGGAGGAGAAGAGCGACACCAGCUCCGAGAUGGGUGAGCCGAUGAAUAAAUCGGGUAAGAAGAAAAAAAAGAUUAAACUCGAUGAGGAGAAAGUUGCCGAGGAAAAAGUUAUCGAGGAUCCCAACGCUGUGUCUAAUUUCCGGAUUUCGAAGCCGCUGAAGGAUGCUUUGAAGGCCAAGGGUAUUGAAUCGCUGUUUCCGAUUCAGGCUAUGACUUUUAAUUUGGUACUUGAUGGUUCGGAUUUGGUUGGAAGAGCGCGUACUGGUCAGGGUAAAACACUAGCUUUUGUGUUACCUAUACUCGAAUCACUGACGAAUGGGCCCGCAAAAGCAGCACGUAAGACUGGAUAUGGAAAGGCACCCAGUGUUCUUGUCCUCUUGCCCACUAGGGAAUUGGCCACACAGGUGUUUGCUGAUUUUGAAUCCUACGGUGCAUCGUUGGGGUUGACUUCAUGUUGCCUGUACGGUGGUUCUCCAUAUCAGCCACAGCAGAAUGCAUUGAAAAGAGGUGUCGAUAUAGUCGUUGGUACUCCGGGACGUAUUAAGGAUCACCUAGAGCGGGGAACUCUCAACUUGGGAUCACUGAAGUUUCGAGUACUUGACGAGGCUGAUGAAAUGUUGAGGAUGGGUUUUGUUGAAGAUGUUGAACUUAUUCUAGGCAAGGUGCAGGAUGUUACCCAAGUCCAAACACUUCUUUUCAGUGCUACUUUGCCAAGCUGGGUUAAGCAGAUAUCCACUAAAUUUUUAAAAGCGGAUAAAAAGACUGCUGAUCUUGUUGGUAAUGAGAAAAUGAAGGCCAGUACGAAUGUAAGGCAUAUCGUUCUUCCUUGCUCUGCAUCUGCCAGAACUCAGCUUAUUCCUGAUAUCAUCAGCUGCUAUAGCAGUGGGGGCCGAACUAUUAUUUUCACGGAGACGAAGGAUUGUGCUUCUACACUUGCUGGUGUACUUCCUGGAGCACGUGCUUUGCACGGAGACAUUCAACAGGCUACCCGUGAGGUCACACUUUCUGGAUUCAGAUCGGGCAAAUUCACAACCCUUGUUGCUACAAACGUAGCAGCACGAGGAUUGGAUAUCGAUGAUGUCAUGUUGAUUAUUCAGUGUGAACCACCUCGUGAUGUAGAGGCAUACAUCCAUCGGUCUGGAAGAACUGGCAGAGCAGGGAAAAGUGGUAUUGCUGUAAUGCUUUACGAUCCAAGGAAGUCAAACUUCUCUAGGAUAGAAAGAGAAUCAGGUGUGAAGUUCGAACACAUAUCUGCUCCUCAGCCAUCUGAUAUAGCAAAGGCUGCUGGUGCCGACGCCGCAGAAAAAAUUAACGAGAUCUCUGACAGUGUCAUUCCCGUAUUUAAAGCUGCUGCUGAAGAGCUAUUGAAAACUUGUGACCUAUCCCCAACUGACCUACUUGCUAAAGCACUAGCCAGGGCUGUUGGUUACACUGAGAUGAAGACUCGAUCAAUUCUCACUUCAAUGGAGAACCAUGUUACUCUACACCUUGAAUGUGGAAGGGCCAUGUACUCACCAUCGUUUGUCUACGGUGUUCUAAGGAGGUUUUUACCAGAGGAUAAGGUUGAAUCAAUCAAGGGUCUCGCUCUAACUGCUGACGGAAAGGGGGCCGUAUUUGAUGUUGCUUCUGCCGAUCUCGACAUUUUUCUUGCUGGCAAGAAUAAUGCUGCUGGUGUAGAGUUACAAGUGGUUAAAACUCUGCCGAGUUUGCAAGAAAGAGAGCCGCAACAAAGGGGGAGAUUUGGAAAUGGUGGUGGUGGUUAUGGUGGGCGUCGCGGUGGUGGCUUCUCCCAGAAUAGAAGAGGCGGCGGUGGCGGCAGAUUUGGAGGAGGAGGUCGUGGCGGUAACAGAUGGUGAAGAAAAUCACUUUCCGGCAACUACAAAACUAAUUGAUGCAUAGAGCAAUUAGCACAUAUGCUCAAGUGGGCCCCAUACACGAAUUUUGGUUGUUGAAGAGUUAUUAUGUGUUGUGAGAUGAGAGGAUGUAAAUGUCCUAUUUUUCUCCCUUUUUUUGUUUUUUCAAUGUUUUUAUUACGACUAUUGCGCAACGUUUGCAAUUUUAAUUGUUUCGAGGGUUUCAAAUGCUCUCUCUAAUUUUGUUCUGAUUCGUAGUAUAAUUGAAAUGGAGAUGUGAACUUCUGAUAUGUUUUGCUCGAUUUAAAAGAAUUUGGUGUUUUUCUGUU